AUGGCAUCUGGAACACGUAGACCAACGGUAGUUCGUGUCAGUAAACAACUAUUAUGCCAACAAGCACAACAUCGACCACAACAACAACAACAACAACAACCACAUCAAGCAGCACUACAACGACAACGACCGAUACUACCAGUACCAGUACCAGUACUUGUAAGUAGAAAUCUUCAACAUAUGAUAAAACUGAAUGUUACUAUAAAACUUCAAGCAACAACCACAACAUCGACCACGACAACAACAACUUCUACCUCCACAUCAAGCAGUACUCAACGACCACUACUACCAGUACCAGUACCAGUACUUCAACGAGCACAACAUCGACGAAGACAACAACAACAACAACAACCACAUCAAGCAGCACUACAACGAGUAUUAUCUAAAGCUAAAUCAUAA